AUGUCUCGUGAAUCUGAUGGACAGGCGCCAUCAUGUUGCAAAGGAUCAACCGAAACUGAUGAACGCCGCCAUGCUGGAGACGACACAGCGGAUCCAAGACCUGCGGAAGCCGAGACCGCAGCGGACAGUGUAUAUCUCCAUCCCAAAUAUAACAUCUCAAAAGAAAGCACAACUGCACCGAGCUCUUAUUAUGCUUCACCGGAUACGUCCGCUAAAGAGCGACGAAAAGUAACGAAGAAGGUCAAUGUACGGCCGCCACCACAAAAAUCUUGUGAUGAAGACUGUGUGAGGGAAAGAAGAAAGUUCAAGACGAAGUACUUGCCAACACUAUUACAGGUACUUUCUGGAGAAUUAGAACAACAAAACCUCUUAGACGCUAAG